AUGUCAGCUAAAGAUGGCUAUGAGUACUCCCUGAAGGUGACGACCCAGUUAGUUGUAUUUAUGACAUCUCAGGAAAUGGCCCUUAGUCCCGUGUAUUAUCUCUUACCGAUAAACAAGUGUCCUAACAGCCAUUUGGCGCAUGUGGCACAACACCUUCUCUUAGUCCGAAUGACCUAUGUAGCACCAACAGCAACCAUGGGACGCUACGUGCUCUUAGGGGCUGUCAUGGGGCUAUGUCUCUUGGCGAUUGCGGAGAGCGGGUCACAUCCGGUCCUCAGCCUCGACCUCGGCUCUCUCACCAGCAGAAACAACCACAAACUCUACAGAAAAAAUAAGCACAGCCACAGAGCAAUCAACCACCGCCAUGCUUAUAACAAGUACCAUGCCACAAACUAUUACCGUCCCACAAAGAACAACAGUACCACCAACAACUGCAGCGCCCUUAACAACGACAGUGGCACCAGCUAUCACAGCGGAGUCAAUAACCACAAAGCCGUCAACUGUACCAAGAACUACUGUGUUACCAACAUCUACAGAUAUGCCACCAACAACUACAGUGCCACCAGUAAGAACAAUAACUCCGACAAUCACAACCACAAUUCUCCCAAUAACAGGCUUACCCACUACCACUGCACCACCAACAUGCCACCAACAAUCACUGCACCACCAACAAUGCCAUCAACAACCACAGAAUCGCCAACAAAUGCCACCAAUAACCACAGCAUCACCAACGGUACCACAAACAUCAAGGUUGCCAAUCACCACGGUGCCACUAACAACCACAGUACCGCCAACAGUGCCACCAACAACGGGUCUGCCAACCACCAUAGUACCGCCAACUGUGUCACCAACAACCACAGUGGCACCCACAACAACUUCACCUCCAACAGCGGUUUCUACAGAGUUCCCUGCUACCGCCAUAACAUUCACUGUUACACCCCUGUUGACGAUGCCAGGUCGGCCAUUGAGGCAGAUAUUUCCUUUGAAACAGGAACGGUUCCUGAAUCCACUCGUCCUCCAGGAACACCUACGAUGCCCCCAUCGACACCAACAGCACCUGCAGCAACAACUGUUUUGACAGAACUGGAACAAAGGAAGAAACAACUGGAAGAGGAGCUGGAACAGCUUCAAACUGCAAUUGCUGCCAACAAUGCUACCGCCAGCGCUCUUGCAGAAACGGAAGCAGCGUUGCAGCGAGUCAUUGAUGCCAUAAGUAAUAGUGGAAGCCACAAGAGGAGAAGACGAUCCCCUACUUGCGCUGUCAACCAAGGUGACGACACUGUGACAGUCGAUCCAUAUUGUGAGGUAAAUGAGGACAAUGCCUUAACUGGGGACCCGACAGAUCUGCUUCUUACAAUGAUCAACGACCUCUCCACCAAGCUAUCCAACCUCACAACCGACCAAAUCACCUGUUUCAAUGAACUCAUUGGUCAUUUUGCUACACUCAUAGAGAAUGGAACGUUCGUCAUCGAUUCUAGUGUAGUCGGCAAUAUUACAGCCGCUGCAGAGGCAGCAAGCAGCGCCGUGGGAGAACAGGUUGAGUCUUUAGAGGCUCUCAUUUCGAAUCUCCAGGCGCAGGUAGAGGAAAAGAAUUCCGAACUCAACGAACUGCAAAGUGAACUUACGUCUACAGCAGAACUUCCACUUCUUUUAUCCUUCGACAGAGACCCUUACGAUCUCUGGGACUUCAACUAUCAGCUGGCUACAAACUCCACUGAAAAAUUGAUAGAAAAAGUUACCUUACCUGAAACAUCGACCGUUGAAGCAGAAACUGUCUUUGAAACAGUGACGCUUCCUGAAACAUCGACCAUUGAAGGAGAAACUGUCUUUGAAACAGUUACGCUUCCCGAAACAUCGACCAUUGAAGGAGAAACGGUCUUUGAAACAGAGAAACUGUCUUUAAACACAGAAACGGUCUUUGAAACAGUAACUCUUCCUGAAACAUCGACCAUUGAAGCAGAAACGGUCUUUGAAACAGUAACUCUUCCUGAAACAUCGACCAUUGAAGGAGAAACUGCAUUUGAAACAGUGACUCUUCCUGAAACAACGACCAUUGAAGGGGAAACUGCAUUUGAAACAGUGACACUUCCUGAAACAUCGACCAUUGAAGCAGAAACUGUCUUUGAAACAGUGACGCUUCCUGAAACAUCGACCGUUGAAGCAGAAACGGUCUUUGAAACAGUGACGCUUCAUGAAACAUCGACCGUUGAAGCAGAAACUGCAUUUGAAACAGUGACGCUUCCUGAAACAUCGACCAUUGAAGGAGAAACGGUCUUUGAAACAGUGACGCUUCCUGAAACAUCGACCAUUGAAGGAGAAACUGCAUUUGAAACAAUGACUCUUCCUGAAACAUCGACCAUUGAAGCAGAAACUGUCUUUGAAACAGUGACGCUUCCUGAAACAUCGACCGAUGAAGGAGAAACGGUCUUUGAAACAAUGACUCGUCCUGAAACAUCGACCAUUGAAGGAGAAACUGCAUUUGAAACAGUGACUCUUCCUGAAACAUCGACCAUUGAAGGAGAAACUGUCUUUGAAACAGUGACGCUUCCUGAAACAUCGACCAUUGAAGCAGAAACGGUCUUUGAAACAGUGACGCUUCCUGAAACAUCGACCAUUGAAGGAGAAACUGCUUUGAAACAGUGA